CGAUCUGUCCUCCACUCGAUCAGAUAUUUAGAUUGCGAGGAUCUCUUCCCUGCGAUCACGACCAUUCGCUCCUCUGAUUCAGGCCACUUCGAUUCCUUCCGUAUCAGCUCUGUCGUUGCUGCAAACAUCCAUGGACACCCUCUCCACUGCCUACGCCGCCAUCAACGCAGGCGGCGGCGGCGGCGGCAGCAAAAGCUUCGCCGUCUACCUCCUUGCCGCAUCGUCUGUGGCCAUCUACGCCGCCUUCUUCCUUUCCCACUCCCCCUCCUCCGGGAACAAACUCUCCCUGUCCUCUCGCACCGUUCGCGUCUGGCCGGAACUGGAGCUGAGUUGGAGGAGCGCCUUGGCCACCGUCAUUGGCUUCUUGGGCUCCGCCUUCGGCACCGUUGGCGGAGUCGGCGGCGGCGGCAUCUUCGUCCCCAUGCUCAACCUGAUCGUCGGAUUCGACGCCAAGUCCGCGGCGGCCCUCUCGAAAUGUAUGAUCAUGGGGGCGUCGGCCUCGUCGGUGUGGUACAAUCUCCGAGUGGCGCACCCUUUCAAGGAAGUUCCCAUCAUCGACUACAACCUCGCGCUCUUGUUCCAGCCCAUGCUCAUGUUGGGCAUCACCAUUGGCGUCGAGCUCAGCGUGGUCUUUCCUUACUGGCUCAUCACCGUCCUCAUUAUCAUUCUCUUUAUAGGUACUUCUUCAAGGUCAAUGUGCAAAGCUGUUGAGAUGUGGAAGCAGGAGACUCUGCUCAAGAUGGAGAAACAAGAACACGCUAAACAAUCCAAUCAAAAACAAGUGGAAGUCGACACGAAAUGCGAGCCUCUUCUUCCUCGGCCGGAGAAAUCAACACUCGAAGUAUUGAUGUUCAACGUAAGGUGGAAGGGGAUCUUGUUGUUGGCACUGGCCUGGUUCGCAUUUUUAUUCCUUCAGAUCCUCAAGAGCAAUUCAGAGGCCUGCGGCCUUUUCUACUGGGUCGUCAACGUCCUACAGUUCCCGGUGGCGCUGAGCGUGUUCGGGUGGGAGGCGGCGAAACUAUGGCGGGAGAGCCGGGAGCGGCGGAGGCGAGGCAACUGGGAGUGCGUUUGCGAGGCCUCCAUAGAGUGGACUGCCACGCAGCUGCUGUUCUGUGCCUUUUGCGGCCUCCUAGGCGGAACCGUCGGUGGCCUUCUCGGCUCCGGCGGCGGCUUCAUCCUCGGCCCCCUCUUCCUUGAAAUCGGAGUCAUCCCUCAGGUUGCUAGCGCCACUGCAACGUUCGUGAUGAUGUUCUCCUCGUCUUUAUCAGUGGUGGAGUUCUACUUCCUGAAGCGGUUCCCCAUCCCUUACGCUCUCUACCUGAUUGCGGUCUCAGUGUUGGCCGGGUUCUGGGGCCAGUUCUUUGUCAGGAGACUAGUAAAGAUGCUCAAAAGAGCAUCAAUAAUCGUCUUCAUUCUCUCUUCGGUCAUCUUUGCCAGCGCUGUGACCAUGGGCGUCGUUGGCACGGACAAGUCCAUUUCUAUGAUGAAGCACCAUGAGUACAUGGGAUUUCUAAGCUUUUGUGACAAGUAAAACCUAAACGGCAUCAACAGCUUCAGAUGUAUCUUGCUUAGGAUUACUAUUCGUUGUUGUUUAGGUAAAUCGAUGGUCAAUUCCUGAUUGACCAGAUCUAUCAUGUGUUGGAUGUGAUCCAAUACAAGUCUCGUGUUCUUGGUCGGUCAGCUCCUCGUUGACCUCCUGUUAUUGCACUCUGUAUUUUGGUGUAUGAAAUUCGAAAAUAUCUCCCACCCUUUAUUGGUUA